AUGUAUACUGAGGGCAUCAAGUGCCGCAUCUUCUCCACUACUCUGACCGGACCAGCUCAGUUGUGGUUUGGGACGCUUGUCCCAAAUUCUAUUCACUCCUUUGAGGAUUUGCAGACCCGCUUCCUACGACAGUUCGCAAGCUCACGAAGGGUAGGGAAGUCAGCUCUUUCGCUGAUGGACAUCAAGCAGGAUCAGAAUGAAACAUUGAGGGAAUAUACCGCUAGAUUUAAUCUCGCUGCUCUGGAGGUGCCAGAGGCGGAGUCACAAAUCAAGAAUUGCGCCUAUGUCAGAGGGCUCAGGCCGGGCAUCUUCUUUGACGAGUUACAGAUCCGACCAGCAAAGGAUUUCGACGAUAUUAUGGCAAGGUUGCCAGGUUAUUUGCAGUUGGAGGACGCCAGGAUGGCGAGAAAAGCGGAAAAUGAUAAACAUAAAGCCAAAAGAGCUGAGGAAGCACCAGAGAGACAGCGACACCAGGACAGGGCACCAUUCAGAGGGUUACCUCCAAGGGUACUACCACCCCAAGGAGAAAUGCCGCCCCGGCAACAACGUACUGUGAAUGAAGUCACACGGUUCACUGAGUACACGCCCCUGAAUAAACCACAGGAGAAAAUUUUUCAUUUGAUAAAAGAUCAGCCAUUCUUUCGGGCACCGGGAACUUACUGGGACGGGCCGCCACAGGAGGGGCCCAACAAUAAGUUGUGCGAGUAUCACAAUGUCUUUGGACAUUAUACCAAAUAUUGUGGCCAUCUUAAACACCAGUUGGAAUUAUUGGUUCGCCAGGGAAAUCUCGAUCAGUUUAUCGACAGAGGCAACGAGGGCCAGAGACGGAAUUAG